AUGGCUUCCCCCAACCCGUGGGACCCGGCUUCGGAGCCAAAUGCAGCUGGGUUACUGCUGGGCCAGUUUGUGGCAUCAGGGACUGUCUCUCAGGAGAUGUUAAAUAUAUCUAAGAAAACAGCUCCUUGCUUUGAGAACUUCUCCAGACUACAGCAGAUCACAAAUAUUCAAGCUGAAAUCUACCAGAAAAACCUGGAAAUUGAACUUCUGAAACUAGAAAAAGAUACAGCAGAUGUUGCUCAUUCUUUCUAUUUAGCUGAGAAAUGUCACACUCUGCAAAGCAUGAAUAAUCAUCUGGAAGCUGUGCUAAAAGAGAAAAGGUCCCUAAGACAAAGGCUGUUGAAACCCAUGUGCCAGGAAAACUUACCUUUGGAAGCCGUUUAUCACAGACAUAUGGUAAAUUUGCUGGAGUUGGCUAUCACUUUCAUUGAGAGAUUGGAAACCCAUCUUGAAACAAUUAGAAAUAUUCCUCAUUUAGAUGCAAACCUGAAGAAAAUGAGCCAGGCUUUAGCCAAGAUGGACAUUUUGGUGACCGAGACAGAAGAACUGGCAGAGAAUAUUCUCAAGUGGCGAGAACAACAAAAGGAAGUUUCCUUGUGCAUCCCCAAAAUGUUAGCUGAAGAAGGUCAUCUUCAUAAACAUGGCAUCAUAGUACCUCUUUUACCUCUUACCUCUAAAGUUCAUGUCCGAGCUAGUAAUACCAAGUGAUCAUCAACUUUAUUUUUGCUUAAUUGUACAUAGUCAUAUAAAGUCCAUUUUUACUUGAUUGUAACAUGGGUAUCUAUAGGCUUUGCUGGUAGCAAUACUGAAAGAACCCUCUUUAUAUAUU